GAUGCGUCCCAAACAAAAACUGGACGGCCGGCGGUAAAAUUUCAGUCCGGUAGCGUGAACACUGAGCUGAACCUGAACCCAAUCCUAAGCGCUAGCCGCACUCUCCCCGCUCCUCCCGCCACCAUGGCCGCCGCCGCCACCAUUUCCUUCUCCCAAUCUCUCUUCCCACCCCUUCAACCCGCCCGCCGCCGCUCAGCGCCGCCCGCCUGCACGCAUUCCGAGCGCGGCGUCUCCUUCGACCCGGGCUCGGCCUUCUACCGCAGCGACAGCGCUGCCGGCCGCGACCUCGCCGUACUCGCGGCCACCCUUCACCGCCGCGGGCGCCCAGACCCCUCCGCUCCUUUCCUCUGCCUCGAUGCGAUGUGCGGCUGCGGCGUCCGCGCGCUCCGUUACCUCGCGCAGGCCGGCGCCGACUUCGUCUGGGCCAACGACGCCUCCGAGGCUCUCCACCCCGUCAUCCUCGCCAACCUCUCCCGCUUCGAGCGGCAGGCGCCGCCGCCGGAGGCGGGGCGCAGGAGAUGGGUGGUGUCGCACAACGACGCCACCCGGCUGCUCGCGGAGCGCUACCUCCGGCGCGAGUACUUCGAUGUCAUCGACGUGGACUCGUUCGGCGGCGACGCCGCGUACGUAAGGGCAGCGCUCUUGGCGCUCAAGAUUGGAGGAUUGCUCUACCUGACGUCCACGGAUUGGCGGUCGGCGAGAGGGUAUGGUUCGAGAAGCUCUUUGUCUUCAUAUGGAGCAUAUGUUCGUCCAAUGCCAUAUCCGAAUGAAGUUGGUUUGCGAAUGGUUAUAGGUGGUGCUGCACGGGAAGCAGCUCUUCUGGGAUUUCACAUAACACCAGUGUUCUCGUACUUUGCGUAUCAUGGUCCUAUUUAUCGAGUGAUGGUACAAUUAUACAAUGGAAAAGAUGAUGGCAUCAGUAAUUAUGGUUUCAUUUGUCAUUGCAAGAAUUGUGGCCAGUCUCAGACUUUUGGAUUUGAUGAACUGGGGCAGAUUUCUUGUGGGUGUACAGACAGAACAGAUGCCGAUUUGAUCACUGUUAUAGGCCCACUUUGGACAGGUCCUCUCCAUGAUGCUUCUUUCCUUACUGAAAUGACAAGCUUGGCCGCAGAAUGGGGAUGGGCACACACAAGUGAAAAUGGGGUUACUUUGGAAAAACUGCUUAGCACUAUGAUUGAGGAGAGUGACCCAAGGUUACCUCCUGGGUAUAUAAGACUUGAUGAGAUUAGUAGGCGAGCAAAAGUUAACUCUCCACCACUCAGCACCCUCAUCAAUUCACUGCGGAAGGAAGGUUUUGCUGCUUGUAGAUCUCAUAUAGGUGCAAAUGCAAUCAAGACCAACUGUCCAAUUGCUUCUUGCAUAGAUGUUGCACGGGAGAUCCGGAACUUGCGAUGACUACCAGCUACAUCGCAAAUGUAAAAUUUUGCUGCUUGACAGCGCAAAUGUAACCCUGAGAUGAGCAUUUGUUCCAGCUUCCUGGUACCCAUGGACAGGCUACCAGACAUCCAGAAUCAGAGGAGACCUUUCGCCGCCGCAGGAAACUGAAGGCAGAACACCUGUCAUCCUGCACUGCACAAGCAGCAAAUUCUGCUCAGUUCCUUUCCGUCUGGGUGCCUCAUUUGUUCCAAAAUGUUUGCGCCAGGCAGUAGCGCGUCGGUGUAGCAACAUUUGUUCUUUUUUUUGAGAGAUGAUUUAGGACUUGUUAACAUGGAACAUUUAGCAA